AUGGCCUCUGAGGUGGUGUGCGGGCUGGUCUUCAGGUUACUGCUGCCGCUGUGUCUGGCAGCCGCUUGCCUGUUCAGGUACAAUGCCCUGUCCUUCGUCUACCUCAUCUAUCUCCUGCUUAUUCCACUCUUCGCAGAGCCCACGAGCACAACAAUGAAGGGCCACACAGGGCGUCUGCUGAAGUCCCUCUGCUUCACCAGUAUGUCCUUCCUGCUGCUCCACAUCAUCUAUCAGAUUACCGUCAACAGCCUCCUGGCCGGCAAUUCCAUCACCUCCGACUUCAACUGUUCCACAUGGGAGAAAUCCAUAAGACAAAUUGGCUUUGAGAGUGUGAUUGGUGCAGACGCAGGCAACGGCAUCCGAGUGUUCAUUCCUGACAUCGGCAUGUUCGUGGCCGGCUUGGCCAUCUGGCUGCUGUGUCGCAGUCUGGUCCAGAAGAGGCCACCUGAGGACAUGGCCCAAUACAACGCCGACUUUGAAGCAGAGGAACAAGAAGAAGAGGAGAAGCUGAGCCUUGACGACGACAUCCUGCUGGAGGAGGACUUUGAAGCGGGGUAUGAGGCGGAGGAGGAUGAGGAGCUGGACGAGGAGGAGGACGACGAGGAGGAGGAGGAAGAAGAGGAGGUGAAGGAGAGCACCAAGAUGAAGAUCCUGCGGAUCUUGGCGGAGGUUGCAUCCAAAGUGAAGGAGAUUAUCGGGAACUUGAUCACCACUGCUGGGAAGGUGGUGGUCACCAUCUUGUUGGGCUUGACAGGCAUCAUGCUGCCCUCGUUGACCUCGGCCGUUUACUUCUUCAUCUUUCUGUUCCUGUGCACCUGGUGGUCCCUCUGCCGGACCUUCGACACACUCAUCUUCAGCUGCAUGUGUGUCCUGAUGGCCAUCUUCAGCGCUGGACACCUCAUUGUCCUCUACCUCUACCAGUUCCAGUUCUUCCAGGAGUCCAUCCCACCAGGCGACGGCUACAUCAGUGUAUUUGGCAUCUCCCCCAUUGUUCAGACCAACUGCUCCUACACAUGGAAGCUCAUUGUGCACCCGGAGCGUAAGUGGUACCACUUUGUCAACCCCAUCAUGCUGCUGAUUCUCUACUACACCCUGGCCACACUCAUCCGCCUCUGGCUGCAGGAACCCAUCGACCAGCUGACGGACGAGAAGGACGGUGAUAUGUGUGAGGAGGAAGAUCUGGUCGGAAACAGAACAAAUAACUCAGCCAACAGGAAGAGGCAGCUGUGGUGGGAAUCGCGCCAAGGCACAGAUGAGAAAAACCUCCUCUCCACCCAGGAUGGCAUCAGUACAACUGAGGCUGUGCCCACCUCAAACGGGACGUCCUUUGACUUUGUCACAGCUGAGAAUGGACCAGUCUGUCUGGACUUGUACUCCACCCCCCAUUAUAAAAUGGACCAGCCCAGUGACGGUACAGAGAAGAAGGAUGAGUGUGUGUAUGAAGUGUGUUUGCCCCCGGAGGAUUCGGCGCUGGAGGGAGGAGAGGAGAAGUCUGAGGAAGGAGACGGGAUAAAGAAAAGAGGAGUCGGUGCAAUGGUCAAAACCUUCCACUUCAUCAUGAAACAGAGCUACAUCUGUGCUCUCAUAGCAAUGAUGGUGUGGAGCAUCACAUACGUCAGCUGGCUGACGUUCGUCUUCCUCAUCUGGUCGUGCAUGCUGUGGAUGGUGAGGGACCGGAGGCGUUACGCCAUGCUGUCCUCUCCCUUCAUGGUGGCCUACGGCAACCUGCUGAUAGUUCUGCAGUACAUUUGGAGUUUUGAGAACAUGGAUGGAGUCCCAGGGUUCUUUCUCAAGAAAAACAACCCUUUCCACUCACUUUCAUCCAAGGCCCUGUGUCUGCUGAGCUUCUGGCUGCUGCUGAGACAAACGCUCACAGAGAGAUGGGAAAAACAAAAGGAGGACAGCGCUGGUCUCUCAGACGUUCAUGUGGAGGAUCAGAAGAAGAAGGAGGAAGAGGACUCCGAGGAGGGAGGGGAGCAGGACAUCAUGCAGGUUCUGGGAAACAUGGUCAUGGCUCUGCUGGUUAAAUACUGGAUCUACAUCUGUGGUGGCAUGUUCUUCUUCGUCAGCUUCGAGGGAACCAUCGUCAUGUACAAGAUCAUCUACAUGAUGAUGUUCCUCUCCUGUGUGGUGCUCUAUCAGGUCCACUAUGAGUGGUGGCGAAAGAUCCUGAAGUACUUCUGGAUGUCGGUGGUGAUGUACACCAUGCUGGUCCUCACCCUGGUCUACACCUUCCAGUUUGAGAGCUCGUUGCCCUUCUGGUCCAAGGUGACUAGCAUGGACGCAGAGAGCUUGGAGGAUCUGGGCCUGGAGAAGUUUACUGUCUCCAUGCUGUUCACCAGGAUUUUCAUUCCCACAUCCUUCCUGUUGGUGUGUAUUCUCCACAUGCACUACUUCCACGACCGCUUCCUGGAGCUCACUGACCUCCAGGCUGUAGUGGCCAAAGAGGAGAGCACUAUCUACAGGCUGGUGCACCAGGAUGGCAGCCUGGCGGACCUCACCAUGCUCAGCGGCAGCUCGGUGGAGGCAGCGCUGCCCAGAGAGGAGCAGGAGCCGCAGGAGGAGCAGGGGGAGCAGGGGGAGUGGCGGACAGAGGAGAAGGAGCAGGCCCUGGUGGUGGUGAUGUAUGACACCGAUGGGACUGGCGAGAAGCCCAGGAGCUUCUCCGACCCCCGGCAGUCCAGCACAGAGGAGAGCCACCACUGCAGUGCAGGGACGGAGCCGGAGCCGAGCACCGAGCAGAGCUCAGAUCUGAAGAAUAAAUGGCACCUGGUGGUCGACCGUCUGACUGUGCUCUUCCUCAAGUUCCUGGAGUACUUCCACAAACUGCAGCUGUUCAUCUGGUGGCUGCUGGAGAUCCACAUCAUCAAGAUUGUGUCCUGCUACAUUGUCCUGGUCUCUGUCAAAGAGGUGUCUUUGUUCAACUAUGUGUUCCUGGUGUCCUGGGCCUUUGCACUGCCAUACAGCCAGUAUCGGCCCCUGGCCUCCAGUGUUUGCACUGUGUGGACGUGUGUCAUCAUUGUAUGCAAAAUGUUGUACCAGCUGAAGUCUAUAAACCCACCUUCGUACUCCAAGAACUGCUCUAUGCCACAAAGUUACUCAAAGGACCAGAUGAUUGAGAUGAAGGACUCCCUGCUGUAUAAGGAACCUGUGGAACCAGCGCACUGGGUGGGCCUGAAGAAGUCUAAUGACCUGCUGGACUACCUCAGGAACAACCUCUUGAUGCUCGCUCUGCUAGCAUUCGAGGUGACCAUCUACCGCCACCAGAAAUACUACAGACUGAGAAACAAACUGUCGCCUCCCGCUGCCAGGAUUAUCUUCCAUGGCAUCACCCGGCAGCAUCUGGACAUCGGCAUCGUCAGCUUCAUCAAAUACUUCAUCAACUACUUCUUCUACAAGUUCGGACUUGAGACGUGCCUGCUGUUGGUGGUCAAUGUAAUCGGGCAGCGUAUGGACUUCUAUGCCAUGCUUCAUGCCUUCGCUUUGAUAGCAGUCAUGUAUAAACGCAGGAGGAAAGCAAUCGCUGAGAUCUGGCCCAAGUACUGCUGCUUCCUGGCCUGCAUGCUGACUUUCCAGUACUUUGUCUGCAUCGGGAUCCCACCUGCAGCCUGUAAAGACUAUCCCUGGAGGUUUCCUAACUCUACUACAGACUCCAAUGUGGUCAAGUGGCUCUAUGUUCCAGAUUUCCGCACCAGACCCAAUUCAUCGUUCCUCAUCUACGACUUCAUGUUGCUGCUGUGUGCCUCUUUCCAGAGGCAGGUCUUCGACGAUGAGAACAAGGCGGCAGUCCGCCUCAUGGCUGGAGACAACGUGGAGAUCUGCCGAGACCUGGACGCAGCCUCUUUCAGCGUCCACAACCCCGUCCCCGACUUCAUCCACUGCAGGUCCUACCUGGACAUGCUGAAGGUCAUCAUGUUCAGCUACCUGUUCUGGUUUGUCCUCACCAUCAUCUUCAUCACGGGGACCACACGCAUCAGCGUCUUCUGUAUGGGCUACCUGGUGGCCUGCUUCUACUUCCUGCUCUUUGGCGGUGAGCUGUUGCUCAAACCAAUCAAGAAAAUCCUCCACUACUGGGACUUCCUGAUCGCCUACAACAUCUUUGUAAUCACCAUGAAGAACAUUUUGUCUAUCCUGGCUUGUGGCUACAUCAACUCCCUGGUGGUGAACCACUGCUGGUUGAUCCAGUUGUUCAGUCUGGCCUGCACCAUCAAGGACUACAACAUCACCAAGCAAGACCCGUCUACUGACCAGACCUGUGACCUGCCCAGCAACGAGGCCGGCAUCAUCUGGGACAGUAUCUGCUUCGCCUUCCUGCUGCUGCAGAGACGAGUCUUCAUGAGCUACUACUUCCUCCACGUGGUGGCUGAUAUCAGAGCAUCACAGAUCCUCGCAUCCAGAGGGGCGGAGCUUUUCCAGGCCACGAUAGUGAAGGCGGUGAAAGCCAGACUGGAGGAGGAGCACAAGUCUGUGGAGCAGCUGAAGAGACAGAUGGAGCGCAUUAAGGUGAGGCAGCAAAAAUUUAAGAGGGGCAAGGAGAAGAUGCUGAGCAUUGCACAGGAGUCUGGAGAAGGACAGACCCUCGUCCAGCCUGAGGAGGAUGAUGAUGAUGGAGCACAGCGAACGAAAGCCAAGACCAAAAAAAAGCAGUGGUGGAGGCCGUGGGUUGACCAUGCUUCCAUGGUUAGAAGUGGAGACUAUUACUUGUUUGAAACUGACAGUGAGGAGGAGGAGGAGGACGAGGAGAAAAAAGACGAUGAACCACCAAAGAAGUCGGCGUUUCAGCGAGCUAUUGGGAAGUUUGUCUCUGCUGUUCUGGCUUUGCCCAAGUCUAUCAUUAAGCUGCCUAAAACUAUACUACAGUAUGUAGUCAAGGCAGGAAAGUUUCUUUAUCACGCCUGGAUCACCGACCCCAAAGCUGCCCUGAGGGCACGAGGCAAAGAGAAACGCAAAUUUUGGAAAAAAUACACAAAGGGAGUCAGACACAGAAAAAGCAAGAAAGAUGGCCACGUGGCCAUAGAGGUUGGUGAGCUCUCAGAUGGGCAAGAAAAAGGGGAGGAGAACAAGAAGUCUGGUGGUCCAGACAACAUCAUCAAGCGAGUGUUCAACAUCAUAAAGUUCACCUGGGUGCUCUUCCAGACAACGGUGGACAGCUUCACCAAAUGGAUGAACGACAUGUGCAGGGAGUACAUCGACAUCUCCACUGUGCUGCGUAUAGAGCGCUGCAUGCUGACCAGAGAGGUCAAGAAGGGUAAUGUGCCAUCCAGAGAGAGCAUCCACAUCUACUACCAGAAGGCCAUGAGGCUCAACAUGUCCAGACAGGCUAGUAUGGAUCGGCUAAGCGAGGAUGAGUCGGCCUCAGGCUCCACCAGGGUCCGAAGAAGGCGAGGCGGGUACCGCAUGGAGAGCCAGGACUCCACAGCCUCCAGAGACAGCAUAUCCAGUGCCUUCACCGAGGCAACCACACUGUUUUCUCGCCAAUCCACCCUGGAAGACCUCGAUGGCAUGCCUGAGUGCAUUCCCAAAACCAGCGAGCGUGCCAGGCCCAAACUGCGUAAGAUGUACAGCCUGGACGUGUCCAAUUCAUCAAUGGACAGUGGCAGCAGCUUCAUGUCCAGUGAAGCGACCCAGUGCAUCACACUCUACUCCAGACAGGGCACCACAGACACCAUAGAAGAAGUGGAGGAUGAGCAAGAUCAAGGCGAAGACAAGCAGCAGGUUCCCUUGAGAUCCCAACAGCCAGACGAGAGCGAGGGGGCCGAGGGCUGUCUGUGGAGUGACGGAGAACCCAGGGAGAAAGAGGAGGAGGAGGAGGGUGAGGGCCAGGAGGGACUAGAGGAUGUGGAGGAAGAUGAUGAACCAAAGGACCAGGAGAGCAAAGAGAGAGAGCAGGUUCCCUGGGAGUCCUUUGGCCCAGAUGAGGGCCCCUCCCUCAGGCCAGAGGAAGCAGAGUCUGCACCCUCUGCCCAGGAGAAGGAGAUCUCUGAAAGUGAGGAUGGGGGAGGACAGCAGGACUUCAUGCAGACAGAGGGGAGAGCAGGACUCCUCUACACGCCUGAUACAGAUGCUUCCAAAACGUCUGACGCCGACGUGCCUCCCAGCUACAGCAAGGCGGUCAGCUUUGACCGUCUGGAAGUUAGCGAUGACGAGAGUGACAUGGACAGGAAGAGGCGUAUGAUUAUGACCUCUGACAGCCGCUCAGACAGCAGGUCAGACAUCAUGCUGCCCUCGAUGACCACUGAGCUGACGGCCAGCGAACUGCUGCUCAACAAGAUGUUUUAUGACGACGAGCUGGAGCAGUCAGAUAGAUUCUACCAAAGGCAGCCUCUGAUCCUCCAGCUCUGCUACGCCCUCUACAACAUGCUCGUGGCCCAUUCAGAGAUGGUGUGCUACCUGGUCAUCAUCAUCAACCACAUGGUGUCGGCCUCCUGCGCCACCCUGGUCCUCCCCAUCACCAUCUUCCUCUGGGCCAUGCUGUCAGUGCCGCGGCCCAGCAAGCGCUACUGGAUGACUGCCAUCAUCUAUACCGAGGUCACUAUCGUCGUCAAGUACUUCUUCCAGUUUGGCUUCUUCCCCUUCAACCAGAACAAGAUGGAUAAGAACAAACCAUAUCACCCUCCCAACAUCAUCGGUGUGGAGAAGAAGGAUGGUUACGUCCACUACGACCUGGUCCAGUUACUGGCUCUCUUCUUCCACAGAUCCAUCCUGAAGUGUCAUGGUCUAUGGGACGAGGACGACCCCAAAGAAAAGGAAAAGAGAGAGGCGUCUCGUCAGAGUGAGUCGGAGGACGAGGGAAAAGACAAAGAGGAGCACGAGCAGGAGUCUGAACCCGCCUCCUCAGUGAUCAGUGAAAGGAGAGGCUCCACUCACACCUUGAGAUCCCUGAACUUUGGGACCUCCAUUGAUUCAGGACAAGUCCAGGUGCACUUCCCGCAGCAGCAGACCUUCCAGCGUCGCAAGAGCUCCAGCGGAGGCUCGCACAUUUCUCACCGAUCUCUCCACUCUUCUGCAAGGUCCAAGAGAGGAAGCACCGCUUCCAAAAACAGCAGCCGCAAGGACGGCAGCGAGGCCAGCGUCCAUCAGAAGACCCGCAAACAGAUGAUCAUGGAGAAGCUGAGGGAGCAGCUCUUCAAAGGAAAAGCUUUCGUCAUAAAACGUUUCAUGGAGCUCUACCUUCCAAUGAGGCAGUUCUUCCAUAACUUGAUCCAUCCAGAGUACAGCGCGGUCACAGACGUCUACGUUCUGAUGUUCCUCGCCGACACGGUCGACUUCAUCAUCAUCGUGUUUGGAUUCUGGGCGUUUGGUAAACACUCAGCGGCAGACAUCACGUCGUCUCUGUCGGAGGAUCAGGUGCCGGGACCGUUCCUGGUCAUGGUCUUGAUCCAGUUUGGCACCAUGGUGGUGGACCGCGCUCUCUACCUCAGAAAGUCCGUCAUGGGCAAGGUCAUCUUCCAGGUCAUCCUGCUCUUUGGCAUCCACUUCUGGAUGUUCUUCAUCCUGCCAGGAGUCACAGAAAAGCGUUUCAGCGAGAACAUCGUCGCUCAGAUGUGGUAUUUUGUCAAGUGCAUCUACUUCGGGCUGUCAGCCUAUCAGAUCCGCUGCGGUUAUCCCACCCGUGUUUUGGGAAACUUCCUCACCAAGAGCUACAAUUAUGUCAACCUCUUCCUGUUUCAAGGUUUCCGCCUGGUGCCGUUCCUGACGGAGCUGCGGGCAGUGAUGGACUGGGUUUGGACCGAUACCUCGCUGUCUCUGUCCAGCUGGAUCUGUGUGGAGGACAUCUACGCUCACAUCUUCAUCCUCAAAUGCUGGAGAGAGUCUGAGAAGAGGUAUCCGCAGCCGCGAGGCCAGAAGAAGAAGAAGGUGGUAAAGUACGGGAUGGGAGGCAUGAUUGUGGUGCUGCUGAUCUGCAUCGUCUGGUUCCCGCUGCUCUUCAUGUCCCUCGUUAAAUCUGUAGCCGGAGUCGUCAACCCGCCGCUGGAUGUUUCGUUUGAAAUCACCCUGGCUGGCUUUCAGCCCAUCUUCACCAUGAGCGCUCAGCAAAAUCAGCUGCAGGGUGUGACACCAGAUGAAUAUAAAGCAUUUUCGGAUAGAUACAGUAAUAAAGACGAGGCCUUGCAGUGGCUGGAGGGCUACAUCAAUGAGGACCUGUACAUCGCAAAGCUGAAAGGCAGCUCCAACUCUCUGUGGACCAUCAGUCCACCCAGCAGGAGCAACCUGAUAGAAAUGUUGGGCUCCGAGGAGGAAUUCCUCAUCACCGUGUCCUGGUCCGUGCAAAGAAACCAAAGUCUUGGUGCCAAGGCCGAAACAGCAUCUGGAAAACGAGUGACGGUUCUCGACCAAAGCACCAAGCAGAACCUCGCAACGCUCCUAAACACAACAGGGGGCAACUCAGGAGUGAUCCUGAAGGACAUCUUCCCUCGUUACAUUCGCGCCCCCAGUGACUCCGACGCCAAGCCUGUUUUGCAGCUUUAUAAAGAUGAAAAGAUGUUUGACAUAUCCUUGACCUUGAAGCGGACUAUUAACGCCAUGGAUCAGACCCAGGAAUGGUGGAUCGUCAACCAGACAGAGGGCAGCCCGAUAGCAAUGAGGUCCCAGACAUACAAGGAAGACACUGGACUGGAGCUCUACGUAUUCAGCGACCAAGUCAGCCCCCCCAGUUUGGGCUUUCUGGCCGGAUAUGGGAUCAUGGGCCUGUACGCGUCUGUGGUUCUGGUCAUCGGCAAGUUUGUGCGCGAGUUUUUCAGCGGCAUCUCCCACACCAUCAUGUUCGAGGAGCUGCCCAACGUGGACCGCAUCCUCAAGCUGUGCACCGACAUCUUUCUGGUCCGAGAGACGGGGGAGCUGGACCUGGAGGAGGACAUGUACUCCAAACUCAUCUUCCUCUACCGCUCGCCAGAGACUAUGAUCAAGUGGACCAGAGAGAAAACCCAGUGACGCUCAGCGAGGGGACGUUAACCAGUGAGGGCGAGCCGGAGCUGUUCGGACAGGAGCCGCUCAGGAUGGUCGCAGCUGUUUCGGCCCAUUCGCCUGCUGAGGGAGCACGAAGCGCCGGAGGAGCAGCUCUGUCCUCCCCAGCCGAGCUCUGACAGCGGUGACACAGUGUUAGCUCCACACUGAAACACUUGUUUGAGUUAUAAACUGGUAUUUUCUACUAUUUACUGACAAAAAACAACAAUUUCUGUCAUAUUAUUAAUAGAUGAGGACAAAUUUGCCGGUGCUGUAUUUAUUUUGGCACAGUUUGGCAUCCAGUGGUUAAAACAAGCGGCUGGUGUUCAGUUGGAGACGGAGAAAUCCUGUAGGGUCAAGUUUCUUAAGUUAUAAAAAGUGCUAUCUCUAAUAUAAAGGUAAGUUUUUAAACACAAAUGCCCCGAAGCCUCACCGCUCUUCAUUCCCGCCUCUAACAUUUUCGCAGGGAGGCGAAGGGAAGCUCGACCCGAAUGAGACAUUAAUCUUUAAGGGCUUCGCACCAACAGACGAGUGCACAACAGUAACCACAUGAGCACAACCUCGUAUUUCCUCCAACUGGAACGUUCGGAUCGUGGGACUGUGCAAUAUUGAGCUCUCGUUCCUUCAAGUUUUCAAAGGAUGUAGGCUGAGGGAAGAGGCCGGCUCUGACAGAGAAACAUGAACA